UGGGGAAGCGAUUCAAGUCGAAAGGAAGCACCCCUGAGCCCCAGACCGUGCAUGCCUCCCAGCUCCUUGACAGCGAUCUGGUUGUGGUCGAGUCGCAGCUCAAGAUUAUCGUACCGGAUCCACCCAGGCUCAAGUCGGCACUAAAGUCGCCGACAUCCCGAAGUGGCGGACAAAACUCCCCGCUGUCGCCAAAUGACCAGACCUUUGCCGGCUCGCCGCAGCCCCUCAGUCCCGCAGACAAGAAGAGCAUCAAAGGUGUUUCGUUCGACAUGGGGAAGGGUCUGGCGCCGUUGCCGGCAUGGGUGGGCAAGAAGUCCAUGGGCUCGAUUUUGGAUUCCGUCACAGAGGGACCCGCCAAACCCAACCCGAAUGCCAACACAGAUGUCAUUGGCACCGCCAGGCCAUCCUGGGCCGAUGUCUUCCCCAACAACGAGUACGAGACACCGUCGAUCCGAAGCUCGACGGGCUCCACGUCGUCUGGACCCAGACGGCGCAUGUCGGAUGUCGGCCCGGUUUCCAACUACCGAGCAAGCCUCUUGCAGCGCCAGCAGUUGGACAUCAAGGAGGAAUCGUCGUCCGCGUUAGUGCCCAACCAUAUCUCGACAUCCAACAUCGAUCAGGUCGUCCGCCAAGUCACCAUGGUUCCCCACCACGAGUUCUCCUUUUCCAACUACCACUCAACCGUUGCGCUGGGUCCAUAUUCGCUCCAGCUUGUAAGCUUCAUCGCAACUGGCGAGAAAGACGCUCUAGCCGAGGGAGAGAUCGUUGUGGCCCUUGCAUGUGCGGGUGCGCUCACACCAGAUCCAACCGAGCCAGCAGCUUCAACAGACCAAAUCCAGCACCAAGCCUCUCCAGAUCUUGGUCGCUCGGCCAUAUCGGGGCCUCUCCCUCUGGUGACGCUCGAGUCUCCGCAAGCGGUGAUCCCAGCGUCACUCCCGCAGCCCACGUCUUCGAUCCUCUCAGCCCCGCUGGAUAUGCCACCGUGCUCAACCAAUGCCGCGAGCAGCGCAGACCCACAAGCUUCUGGAUGCACUCGUCCGAGGCUCGAUCCGGCCCAGAUUUCGCUGGCGUUUGAGUUUUCCAUCGAAUAUUGCGAAAAGCAAACGUACCUGGCGGUAGCACAAUACCAAGAGCACAUAGCUCCCCACUCGCUCCGGUACCGGCUCGAAGUCGAUAUCAAAAAGGCUUUCCUCAACAACUUGUAUCUCAAGUUCAAGGACAGUAAGGUCGAAGCCACCAGCCAUUCCUUCGAACUGUGCGGCAAGGGAACGGCGUCGAUCGUGUUAAACGAUCAAGGUGGACAGCAUCAGGGCAUUCUCCCAUUUGGGUAUGAGGUGAUCAAGGUUUUCACACCAACGUCGUCGAUCACAAAACUCGACCAAACCCAGCAGACCUAAGGCAAGCCGCCGGAUAGGGGUCAGCGGCACAAAACAAAGUGCGCUUGGUGCCAUCCUCUCAAUAUGGCCGGUUUUGCUCUCUUGGAGUGAGCGUCCAUUGGACAUAUUCCAUACGGCGGUCGCCUGACGCACUGUAGUUGCAUCCCGGGGCGCAUCGAUACGAUAAUUCGGUGGGAAUGAGGGACGGGGGACAGAGGUGCCCAUCGAUACGCUGGGCGAUAGACGCGCUCGGCCAUCAAACCAUAACCCGGAUAUCCAGAGUGACUACUCCAGAGUGACUGCUCCAGAGUG